UGAUAGGAGCUGGGUAGUCUGGCAUUACACCCAACAGGACAGUGCAAGAGACAAGCAGCCAGGAGUGGGGGGGGAAAGCUAAAUCAAAGUCAUCUUAAACCUGCAGAAGAAUAUGAUGUGGCACUAGAUACCAAGAAAAUCAGCUUAUGUUACACUAACAUUUCUGAUCACUCUUGUGAACACAGAGUUGAUAUUAUCACAACUACCAGACAAGAUUUGUCUUAAGUGUUGUUUUGUUUUUCUUGAAAGAACUCAGUUUCAGUAGAUCUGAUUGGUAGGGCUCGGCUUUAGGGAGCAUUAUUUGUUUGGCCACUCUUCCUUGUAUCGUUUCUGGCAGCUAUUGGCUAACAGCCCCUGAGCUCAACCCUGUCAAGUUCAUCUCAGCGCACCGCACACAAGAACCAAAAAAAAAAAAAAAAAAAGUCUCUUCAAACCAACACUUGAUCCAGGCUUUUCCUUUGGAGGAGAGAACAGGAAUAUGACUGCAGAGUCUCUUAACUUCGGUCCAGAAUGGCUCCGUGCACUAUCUCGAGGGGGGAGUGUGACGUCUCCUCCUGCAUCCCCCGCCAUGCCAAAGUCCAAGCUGGCCGACUACCGCUACGGCCGAGAGGAGAUGCUAGCACUUUAUAUCAAAGAUAAUAAGGUUCCAGAGCAGCUGCAGGAUAAGGAGUUUGCGCCCGUGUUGCAGGAGCAGCCGCUGCAGCCUCUAGCCCUGGUGCCCCUGACGGAGGAAGAGCAGAGGAACUUUUCCAUGUCCGUGAACAGCUCUGCUGUGCUGAGGCUCAUGGGAAAAGGGGGAGGGGCUGCCCCUGUGGGAGUGGCCCGAGGCCGAGGGACCGUUCGAGGAGGAAGAGGAAGGGGAAGAGGAGAGGGCGCUUUCUACCAAAGAGGUCCAGAAGAAGGAGAGGUGGGCUUUGGCCGCAGCAGAGAGAUGCAUCGCAGCCAAAGCUGGGACGACAGGGGCGAGCGGCGCUUCGAGAAGCCCCUGCGGAGAGACGGGGUGCGGGUGGGCUUCGAGGAGGGCGCCGUGGGGGCACGCAAGGACUUCUCGCGCUCCGACAGCGACAACUGGCGCACGCUGAGGGAGGAGCAGGACGAGGAGGAGGCCGCCGCAGCUGCCGCCGCCGCCGCCACCACCACUGAGCCCGGAGGAAGCUGGAGGACCGUGGGGGGCAGACGUGAUGAUGGAGGCCCGCGCUCGGCAGGGUGGCGUGACCACGUCGGGGAGGGCCGGCGCAAGAAGUUCGACUUUGACUUCGGCGAUGGCGCGGGCGGUCGCCGGCGUGCCGGAAGCGACGGCAUGGACGACGACCGGGACGGCCUCCCGGAGUGGUGCACUGACGAGGAGGACAACGAGAUGGGCACCUUCGACUCGUCCGGAGCCUUCAUGUGCAUCAAGAAGAGCUCGCGGGACACCAUCCCCGAGGACCAGGAGCUGGAGUUCGAGGCCCUGGAGGACGAGAGGGGCCAGGAGCGGCGGGAGAGCGGCGGGGAGGGAGGCGAGGAGGCCGCCACCGCCACCUCCGCCGCGUCGGCCUAUCAGCCAUUCUUCAAAGAGCAUGAAAUGCUGACUGUCACCGAGGUGGAGAUGAUGAUGCCUGGACCCUCGUCUUCCUCCUCCUCUUCCUCUCCCCCAUCCAUGCCUGCUCCUCCACCCUCGCUGUCUCUGCUCCCCCUCACCAAUCCCGAGCCUGCCCCUCCUGCUGCAGCACUGCCCACAAACACCACACGGGAUUCUGCUGAAGAUGCAGCACCACCAGGGGGCAUUGGUCAGCCGGGCACCGGCUCCUCUCAGAGCGUCUCGUCUCCCCCUGCUUCUGCCGCUGCCGGAGCAGACCUCCCACCAGCAGGUGGCGACAACGAGGAGGAGGAGCGCAUGAAGCACUUGCAGCAAGAGGCAGAGAAGAUGGUGGCGUCGCUCCAGGACACCUCCCUGGAGGAGGAGCGCUUCACGCAGGCGCUGCAGGAGAGCCACGGCGUGGGCGCCGUCGGAGAAAGAGUGGGAUCCAGCGCGGGGGGCGGGUCCGGGCCCCCGCACUCCCACCCUCACAGCCACCAGGCCGUGGCGGCUGCCGCAGCAGCUGCCGCCGCCGCUUCCUCCACGCACCCUCACGGCCACUCCCACUCGGCCUCGUCGCACGGCCACUCCCAUCCGGCCAGCGCGCUCCCGCUCUCGCACGAGGCCGCCAUGAAGUGGUUCUACAAAGACCCUCAAGGAGAGAUCCAAGGCCCGUUCUCCACGGUGGAGAUGUGCGAGUGGUUCCAGGCGGGCUACUUCACCAUGACCCUGCUGGUGAAGCGGGGCUGCGACGAGGGCUUCCAGCCCCUGGGAGACGUCAUCAAGAUGUGGGGGCGCGUGCCUUUCUCCCCUGGGCCCUCGCCGCCACCCCUGCUGAGCAACAUGGACCAGGAAGUGUUUAAGAAGCAGCUGGAGCAGGUGGCCACCGCUGCCCUGUACCAGCAACAGCUCCAGAUGCGCUACCAGCAUAUAAACAGCAACCGGUGUGGGGAGUCGAGCAUGAUGCCAGCUAUGAACAGGUCCAUGUCGGUCCCGGACAGCGGGUCCUUGUGGGAUAUGCAUACCUCAGCUUCACAGCAGUCAGCAGGCGGUGAAGCCAGUCUGUGGGACUUAACCAUGGGCAACUUACCUCAGGGGCUAACUCUGGAGCAGCUGCAACAGAAGCUUCAGCAGGAGCGUCGUGAAGCUGAACUCAGGGUAAAGAGGGAGGAGGAGGAGAGGAAACGGAGGGAGGAGAAGAGGAGGCAACAGGAGGAGCAGAAGAGGAGAGAGGAGGAGGAGCUUUUCCACCGCAAACAGCAGUGUCGUCAGCAGCAGGAGCUGAUCAUGAAGCUGCUCCAGCAGAGCCAGCAGCAGCAGCAGCAGCAGCAGCCGGUGGGGGGUGGGGGGGGCCAGUCCCAGGGCCCCUGCUGGAACUCGGCCCAGUCCAACCCGCUGGCCAAGCCCCCCAAGACCCCCCUCAACCUGCUGGAGAUGGAGGCCGAGAGGCUGCUCAAGCAGCAGCAUAGGGUCCAGCAGCAGCAGCCGAGAGACCGGCAGUCACAUGGUGGUCUGACGAUGGGCCAGUGGGGUGAUGGUGGGGUUGGGGGGAUGUGGGGCGCGGGCAGCCUGGAGGGCAAGGCCAGUGGAGGGGGCAGCAGUGGAGGCAGCUCUGGGGGAAUGGGCCUGUGGGACGAGGCUGUGAAGAACCAGAGCAGCCACCGUAGCAUGAGCCUCAAGAACAGCCACAGCAGCCCCUCACUCAGCGAGCAGUACAUGCUGCGGCGGAAGCACACGGAGGACGAGGAGAAGCUGCUGCGUCUGCUGCAGGGCAUGAAGCCACAGCAGCCUCAGGACGGCUUCACCACCUGGAGCGAGCAGAUGCUGCACGCGCUCAACACCUCCGCCAACAACUCCUCCUCCUCUCAGGAAGUGGCCACCAUCGUGGCAUAUCUUAAGGAGGUGGAGUCGCCUUACGAGGUGCACGACUUCAUCCGCGCCUACCUGGGGGACACGGUGGAAGCCAAAGAGUUCGCCAAGCAGUUCCUGGAGCGCCGUGCCAAACAGAAAGCUAACCAGCAGAGGCAACAGCAGCAGCAACAGCAGCAGCAGCAGCUAUCAAAGGAGCUGUCUGGUCUAAACAUGAACUUCCCUCUGCAGUCCAUGUUCCAGGCAUCCCAUUCUGGGAAGGGCGGCGUGUACGACACCCAGGCGAGCAAGAUGAAGAAGAAGCCCAACAUGAUGCUCCACUCGGACCCCAGCAUUCUCGGCUACUCGUUCUUGGGCGCAGGGGAGCGAAUGAUCCUGGGCGAGAUGGAGACCGUGGAGGAUUACUAACCCAGCAGAACUUACCUGAGUCUACCGGAGGCCUUAAAAUCUGGACUGAACAGCAAGAAGAAUGUGCACUGCUCAGUGGAAGGGCACGGUGGGAGGGGCGGUCAACCUUUGUGUGCGUAUGUCGCCCCCCCCCCCCCCCAAAUCCCAGUCCUUGAUAUCCACUGCCCGCAACCCCCCCACCCCCACCCCCACCUUACAAUCCUUCCUCUGCAUCUCUCUCUUUCUUUCCCAUAACUGUUGAUCCUUAAAGACUUGCCUUAUUUGUGUGUGUGUUCUGCCUGGGAGCAUGUGCAGCUAGGCUGGCUCACAGUGUGCGUUUAGCCAUUAGCACCUAGCCUAGCUUAGCGUCAGCCCUCAGUCUGCUGUCAGCAUAGUUAGCCGCAGUUAGCUCAAGGCUAGCGUGUGCUGGUAAAGUGGCUGAGGUUAUCGGUGUCGCAGGGCGGGUAAGGUCCCCCCCCCCCCCCCCCCCAACCCCACACAUACACACGCACACAUACCGGUUACACAUGAGAUUGUGGGUUUUGCGGAAGCGGAAAACCCGGCGUGUCUUGAUGAAGUUUGUGGAAGGCUGAAAUCCGUUUUUUUGUCCCUGUCGUUCCUCUUGUUUGUGUGUCGGUUGUGAAGCCCCAGCCCUCCCCUGAGCAUGAGUAAGAAGAGUAGGUGGAGUGUGCAGUGAAGCUGCCAUGGCUCCUUCCGCACUUCCUACACUAAGCACCUUAAGAACUUAACGCACUUUGUUACAAUUUUUUCAAUUUCAAUAUUUGAAAUGGAAGUUUAUCUGAUUUUUUUUUCUUUGUUUUUUUUUCUUUUCUUUCUUGUUUUUUUUUUUUUUUACAAUGAAAACUGUGUGAAUAUUUUUCUGUUGCAUAUAUUAUGUGUAGAGUAUUCAUGUACACACACAUUGGUGUGAGUAUGUAUAUAUAUAUUAGAGAGGCGCCAGCCAGAGGUAACUUCUGCUUUUUAGAGUCUCGGAAAGAUCAAGAAUGAGAACACAAAGUGAAUGGGAGUCUUUUAUGAGUCGGCAGAAAAUUAAUUUGUUCUUGAAACAAACAAAAAAAAAACACUGUUGUAUUUUUUCAUGUUCAUAUAAAAAGGUAGAGCUAUAAAACAUGUUUUUUUUUUAACUUGAAAAUUUGCACUUGUUUAGAAAAACAAACAAAAGAACAGAAAAAAGUUAGCGUUAGCUUAAGGGUUUGAAAGACUUAUUUUUAUGAUCACAAGUGUGAUUGUGAGUUUGAGUGUGUUGAAUGAAGAAUUCUGCACAAUUGUUUUUAUACCAACAUGUAUAAAAAAUGCCAUGUUUUUAUUUUGAUCGUAUGAUAAUUUUGUACUUCAUUGAGCAUAUAUACUGGUGUGUAUGCAAGCGUGUGUGCAAGUGAGAGUGCAUGUGUGAAUGUGUGUGAUUUAGAGAAUGAGCGCGAAAAGAAUGUCUGCAAUCAUUUUGUACAUGGUUUCUGAAAGAGUGAAAUAAGAAAAAGGACAUAAAAAAACAGAUGAUUAGGGGAGGGCAGUUGAAAAUUGCAUUGCCAGCACUAGGCCUGCGCCUCAGUAAAAGGGCUGGCUGAGGUAUUCACUCUCUUCUUUUGCCAUUGGUGCUGUGUUGCUCUCACUCUCUCCUCUGAUUGGACAGUUAAGAGUUAAGAGCCAAGUGAUUGGUCGCUGAAAUCUAAUAUUGUGUGUGCGUGUGUAACUGCUCUGUUUUUUCUCUCUUUACAUCAUUAUAAAACUGCAUUACCUGCCUCCCACCCCCCUCCCUCCAAUGCCACUCACAGUGUGUCGCUGUGUGACUGCAUACUCUUACCCAGAGCUGGGGGUGGGGUGGGGGGGCGGGGGGCGCAUCUAGAUGUGAACUAUUUGCCUUUAACUCUGUUUGAGUGAGUUCUGAUUUCUAAUUGGCUGGUUUACGCAGUCGUCAUGGCGCUGUGAUUCUGUGUGAUAGCAUUGCCGUGCUAAGUUACUUAUUUUUGUUGAUGUAUAGGACGAUUUAUUUUUUUAUUGUUGUAAACACAAAGUGAAAAAGUAUUUGAACUGUAUGAUUUGGAGCACUUUAAGGCUGCUACCUUAUUGUAUUUUUGAAUAUUGCAUUUUGUUUUGUCAUAUUUCUUGUUUUUAAUGAUUGUUUUUGUUUCUUAUUUUGUUCGUGUUUUGUUUAUGUCUAAUGUUUUAAUUGCUUGCCUCUGUGGGAAGUGAAUUAUGAAUGUAUGAGAAAAAAGUAUCUAAUGUAUAACAUUAUGAUAAAACCAGACGUUUCAGCAAGAUGACAAAACAUGUCUGGGAAGAAGAGCUUUUUGGGGAAAAAAAUACUUCAAACCUAAACAAAAACAGAAUGAAAACUGAACAAGGAAAGUGCAUGGAUUCAGCACACAGCCUUGUUAUACUGUUCUUCCAAGAUUUCCAUGACUUCUUUUUUUUUUUUUUUACCCUUCGCAGAAGCUGUUGAGCAUCUGAGUGACAUUUUCUGUCCUUUUACGAGACUUCUUCUCAUAGAGUCGUGGCAGAUUGUAUGCAUGGACUACAGAGUAAACACAAAUGUGCUACAUCUUGAUGUCACUUCCUCUCACCCAUGUGAUUCACUAAGGCCAAGGAGCUACAGUGUGCAUCAAGGAUGGAAACAAAAAAACAAGGAGAUAUCAAUUUUUGUUCUUCACAUUUAUCAAUUGUUGGAAUGGAGGGAUAUGCAUCUUUUUUUCAUGGCCCAUAUCUCAUGAAGAAACACUGAAGAUAAGGGCAGUGGACAGGCCGGUACUUGAUCUUCAUAAGGACUAACCCCUUUUACUGCUUAAUGCAGUUUUGAGUUGUCUUUUUUUUUUUUACUCUUUUUGCAGUUAGCAGGUAGAGGUUGGACAGUGGACUUCUUGUUGCCUCUUUGACUGCAGAGGCAAGGGUGAUCAUUUCAAACCAGCUUCAGGCAGAAUACUAUCAGUUUUAGUUGAGGAAAUUGGAGAGUGGUGACUUUCUCCAAAAUUUAAGGGGAACGUUCUUUCCCCCCCCCUCCCUCCACUCGUCUUUCUUUUCCAUCAAGUGAAUUUAUUUUGGCGCUCUUCUGACAUAGAACUGUAGGCAUGGUUUUGAUUUUUGAAUUAAAAAAACGUAGAUAUAUUUUGCCACAGAAGAUGCCCCUGCUUAGAAUGAAGGAACCACGCUAAGGAGUAAUUCUAAGUUACCAUGAAUGAACGAAUGCAUAUGGCUUUACAUUGGUCAUUGGACAAACAAAAAUAACUCUGUUUUAGUUGCUGUGGCUGUGAUGCUUUGCAGAUUUUUUUUUUUUUCUUUUGAAUGUUUGGAGAACGUUUGGGUUGUGGACAAUUACUAGAAACCCAUUUCUCCCUAUUUACUUUAAUGAACAUCUGUUGUAAAUGGACAGUUACCCAGUGAAAUCCACCUCCUGAGGAGGACGGAUAAAGUGUUAAAUUCUGGAAAAUGAGAAAAAAACAGGAGAUGCCAAUCAAUCCCCUUGAAGCCACAGAAAGGACAGCUGGGACUGAAGGACUCACCACCUCACUCACUGGAGGAUCUGAUUGGCUGAUGUGCGUUUCACCUAACCAAUGGGAUGCACAAUAUAUAAGAAGAAAAUGGAUAUUAGCUGUGUCAAACGAGAGUUGGACUAAUUGGAUUCAGAGUUCACGGUUUUGGAGCAUUGCAUUGUGGUCAGAUCCUUCAAAGUGAAUGUGGACCAUUUUACAAACUGAACCUUUAGUGACUGUUGCGAUACAUUGAGACUCUAACGCACACUCGGAACAUGCACAUACAUACACAAGCACAUACACUGACACAAUCAUACACACUUACAAAGACCUGCUUAGGGGUCUUGAACUUGGCACAGGGUGCCCUGUAUAUAAUGUUUAUGCUUUUGUCCUCAUUGAUGACUUGGGUUUUGUUCUUUUUUUUCUUUCUUUUUUUCUUUUAAACAUGCCUUAACUACACAAAAUAGAACUGCCAUAGAGAUGGUUGGGUUUCCAACACAGACACACAUGUACAAAAACACUUUGGAAAUGCAAAUACCUAGACACCCAAGCUUACCAACAGGAAAUGUGAGGGUAUUGUAUGACCAUGAACUGGUCCCUCUGUGAUUGGGUAAAAAAGUAACUGUCCAUCAUAGUAGAGAUGGACUGUCAUUCUCCCAUAAUUGAGUCAAUGGAAAAUCUUCAGAGCUGCUGGGAGGGGAAUAAUGCCACAAUGUUGUGCUUGUGCAGUCUGAAUGUCACAGCAAGUGAAUUCUUUUUAAUUCUCUUUUUUGUGAACUAUAUUAAUUCUUAAUGUUGGCAUUUAUAUAAAGCAAAAUAAAGACGACUACUGGAUGGGUCUUCCUCCUUUAGUCAAGAGUCCAUUAAAUUCCAUUUGUAAAUGAACAUGGUGAGAGCUAAAACAAGGGCAUAGGCUUUUUUUCCUUUGAAAAGAUACAAAAUGUUAAACCAUAAAUAAACAUUGUUUUAAACGUU